AUGUUCCAGGACGUGACACUGGGCAGUGCGAGCUUCGCGGCCAAGCGAACGAAGACAGUAGCCGAAGUAUUUGCCCAAACGAUUGAAAUCGACAUGUUCGACUGUGAAGCUCAGACGGAGAGCGAGAUCGUCUCGAGCUCCACUCAAACGGGUCCAACCCAACAACCACCAGCCAGAGGCAAAGGCAAAGAUGCAACAAUUAAUACUGAAGAAGAAACCCAACGACAAGUGGCUGAGUGCUUGCAAAACGUUGGAGGACUCAUGCUACGAGAAAUGGCCAAGAAUGGAGCCACCAGCUCCUGCUUCAGCGGUUUAGAACGAUACUUGGAAGAGUCAGAGGAGAAGGAUAUCACCGAACUCUUUCGACUGCAAUUCGACUACGACACGUACUUCCAGCCGCAACAAGGCACUGCAACGACAACCACAACAGGAUCUUUAUCUUCAUUGAGAUUAUCGUGCACGGGUGUGUCCUGGAAUGCAACGGGGUCGGUCAUCGCAGUUGCGUAUGGACGCUUCGACCACUCCGGGUGGUGCAACUAUCGAUCGGCCCUCUGUUUAUGGAAUGUCUUCCAAAGUGACCUUAACCAACAGAAACCCUCCCUUGUCCUAGAAACAUCGAGUGGACUCAUGUGUGUGGCGUUUCACCCCCAAAAUCCUUCCGUUGUUGCUGCUGGCUCUUUCAAUGGAGAAGUCUUCGUGUGGGAUAUGGAACCUGCUGAGUAUAAAUUCUACUCGUCAGGUAUCGGAGACUAUUUCCACCGCGAACCAGUCACCAAAGUGGCCUGGGUCUACGACAUCCAAACCGCCGACUACAACAUUGCAAGUGUGAGUGGCGAUGGUAAAAUUCUCUUUUGGCGAGUUAAAGACAAACUUGCGUUCCCUGUUGAAGGUUACGUCAUGCAUUUGCCCCAAGGCAUCGGGGGUCCUGAAAGUAAAAGCAACAACGACGACACACGCUCGCCGGUGAUCGGUGGUAAGGCAUUAGCCUUCAGUAGCACGGACAAAGCCAGUCGCGCUUUCGUCAUUGGCUCAGAAGGUGGCGUCGUCGCUAGAUGUUUCGCGAAAGCUGCCACAAAUGUUCGUUCGUCGGACUUUAAAGGGGACAAGAAGUGGACAGCUACAGCUGCACGUCUUGUGAGUAAACUCCCAACUUCAAAGAUCCCUGCGGCACGUCGACAAGUGGAGGCGUAUGCGUCUGUAAAACGCAGUAAAGAAGUGACACUGGCAACGGUGUAUGAAGCCAGACUCGACCCUACAAUAAUAUUCCCGAGUGCCAUGGACUUUGUCUUCGAAGCUCAUACCGCUCCCGUAUAUGACGCGAGCUUCUCACCUUUCCGGAAAAGUAUUUUCCUCACUGCAUCAGCUGAUGGAACCACGCGUGUAUACUCAACAAUGCAGCGUGAAUUGCUAUUAUCUUUUGAAGUAUCGCCGUCAUCAGCGUAUCUCUAUGCGGCCGAGUGGUCUCGUACACGUCCGAUGGUGUUCGCUGCUGCCAGUGAAGACGGGAACGUCUAUGUCUUCGACAUCAAAGCUGAUCGCGUCAGUCCCGUGUUGGUUCUUAGCGUUGCCGCCCCGAUGUUUGCGCUCGACUUUAAUCCUCGACAGAGGAACUUCUUGGCGGCAGGGGACGCUGAAGGUGUGGUGCACAUUUGGAAACUGUCGUGGCAACUUGCCAACUUCCAAACAGGAGAAGGAGAGUUGCUGGAGGCACUAGAGGCAACAUAA